AUGGAUCAGCUGUCAGGACAGUGGUUGAUGCUGGGCCUCCCUCAUCCAGAGGAAGAAGUUCUACUGUCAGUGCUGCUCAGGUUGGAGUGGGUGGAGAUCAUUGAGCCGCGCACACGGGAGCGUAUGUAUGCCAACCUGCUGACGGGUGAGUGCGUAUGGGACCCCCCGCAGGGUGUUUGCAUCAAGCGAACCGGUGACAACCAGUGGUGGGAGCUGUUUGAUCCCAACACCUCGCGCUUCUACUACUACAACGCCUCCACCCAGCGCACAGUGUGGCACCGGCCCCAGGGCUGCGACAUCAUCCCUCUGGCCAAGCUACAGACUCUGAAGCAGCACACCGAUGGCACCAACCCCCGUCCUGCAGGAGGAGGGAGAGCGUCAGCUGACAACAGCCCAGGACGUAACAGUGGGGUCAGCCGAGAGGGAAGCACCUCCUCCUCCCUCGAUCAGGAGCUUUCUGAAAAACAGGGCAACAGAGACGAGGCAGACAGCAUCCUGUCACCCCCUACUCCCUCCCCUCUGUCUAACCAGUCUUGGUUGCUGGUUUGCUGUAAUCUGCUGCAGUCUGCAGUGAUUGGUGGAUAUGCCAGGCUGGGGUCACAGUGUCCUCAUUUAGUUAGAGCGGUUAGCAGCCUAUUUACUGUGGAGGCUGAAUGUCAGGCUGAAGAUGGUCUCUGGAGAGUGAAUGCUGUUAAGGAGAGCUGGACUGGCAGUUUGUCAUAG